AGUGCCUAGGGGUAGGGGCUAUGGGUUCAUUUGGAAUUAGGCACAAGUCCCCCAUGAUGCCUAAAAUAGAUCAGUCCUGUAGAGCUGUUUUUCUGCACCCAGUUCCAUGUAAGCCCUACUUGGACUGUCUAUGGAGAAGAGGCUUUAUAACUGACCUUGUCUACUCUCACACGGGGAUCGAAGCUGGAUUUUGGAUUUAUGCACGUUUGGGAUGUCAUUGUUAGGGGUCCAAGCAACAUAGUUGCUGUGGACCAAUUGCAUUUCUUUCUUCUUUUGUGUGGCCACUGGUGUGUGGCAUUCAGCGAGUAUUACAGCUGCUGCUGCUGCUGGACGGUUAUCUUAUCAGACAUGUGACUCUGAGCUGCGAUGGAUCAGGGAGAUAAAUUAUGAUAAGUCAUCUCAGACCGUAUGUGAAAGUUGUGGUGCUGUGGAUCAGCGGGUGGUUGAAGUAUGCGUUAGAGAGGGUGUGGAGAAUGCCGUUCUCAGUGCCACACACCUGGGUGACAUCACCAGGCAACUCAGGUGAAGGACUGUAUGACAGGUUGUCAAAGGAGUGGCUAACCAAUGAGGUGUAUCGUACCUAUCACCAUGGAAGUGGAACAAUGGUUACAGUCCAGACCAGCACACAUGACUUCUACGUGAACCUUGGUCGACUGACUGACUGUAGUGAGUACUUCAGAGCCCUGUCCCAGUCCAGUAUGAGAGAGACCACAGAGAGCCUGAUUGUCCUGGACCACAUUCCCUCCUCAGUCUUCCAUUCCCUCCUAGAAUUCUGCUUCCGGAAUGACUUCAGCGUUCCCCCGGAGGAGUUGGGAGAACACAUCCAAGUGGGCAGCUACCUGCUGGCUGAGGCCUUUGUGUCGCAGUGCCUGUUGGCCCUGUCUGCUGUUCUAACCCCAGACACCUGCCUGUCCUACCUGGCUCUGGCCCGGGACAUCAGCUGUACUGAGCUGGAGACGACUGUGUUCUCCUACCUCAGCAGACACCUUCUGGAGCUGUCUCACCUCACCAGGUGUUUGCCGGCUGAAGACAGGGCUGAACUGACCCGUCUAAGGUGGCAGGGUGAUCUCCGGCUCUGCUGCGUGAGGAAGGAGAACCUGACCUCCUGGAAUGACCUGGAAACAGAAGCCGCCCGCCACCUCUUCACCCUAGAUGGAUCAGAGGUCACUGGUGACUGGCGUCCACUAACAGAGCUCCCCUUCAUGGCUGAUAAAUGGUGCUUCACCACGGUGGUUCUACUCAACUACCUCUACCUCAUCGGUGGCUACAGGCAGCGGGCUAAGAGGGGCUGGGAGUUCAAAAUGGCCUCCUUUAGGUACAACCCCUUCACCAACACCUGGGUCUCCACUGCCCCUCUCAUCAAGCACAGGAGGCAUUUCAGUGCGGUGUCAUGUGAUGGCUGUAUCUAUGCUGUGGGAGGCUGGUACUUGGACUCUUUGGUGACUCCUGACUCUAGCACAGCCCUCUACACUGCUGUGGAGCGAUACCACCCCAGGGACAACACAUGGACGUUUGUCUCCUCUCUGCCUUUGACUGACUUACAGUUCACCAUGUCCCUGUCCCAUGACCUCCCUCUGGCCACCAGCCUGGGCUCCCGUCUCUAUGUCCUGGGGAACAUCCAGAGGACUGGAGAAAAGCUGCUUCUACAGUAUGACACCAGGCAAGACUUAUGGUCUGAGCUGCUCCCUACCCUAACCAAAGCCAACGCUGACCUCCCCAGCCUCUACUUCCUGGGUGCCACGGACCGGCUGUUUGUGAUUGGAGGAAACAACUCAGAGAAUGUGGUGACAUCAUUCUGUGUGGAGUCUGGGAAGUGGGGGCAGGUGAAAGGGGCUGAGAAGGUAGCAUUAGCUGGACAGGGGACAGUGCUGGGUGACCAGGUGUACAUGCCAGGUAUAGAACACAACGCUGCUGUGAGGCUGGAUCUCCACUCCCUAUCUCUCACUGUCCUCCCUCCUCUACCCAUCUGCAUUCGCUAUGAAGCCCUCCUUCACCUUUCCUUCUAAAACAACUUUCAUCAAUUAGUCUGAUUUGACUUGCCUUGCUGUUUCUGGGGUUCAGGUCAGGGUUAGUGCUUCUGGACAAACGCAGACUCAUCAUCAAGGGGGUCUUUGCUACAUGUGGACUUCACCAUUCUGUGUCAGCAACAAUAUGCCUUGUCCUGUUUUCACUCUGCCUUACAUGACAAUUUUUAAAACUUAAGUAGGCCUAAUCUAAAGGAGAUAACUCACCAGACCGAUUGUUGGUCUGUACAGUAGGGGGCUUGCACGGUGUACUCCGGCUUGUGUUCAGUUUGCAAAUUACAGCCAAGACUGUUCAGAGGUGCAGUACUCUCGCCAGCAGAUGCUUGACAAUCCUACCGAUCUGGCCGACUCUUAAAUAUUUACCCGGAGGAGGAUGGGCUCCCAAUCUCAUUUUCUUCUUAGUCAGGUUCCUUUUAAAGGCUUCCUAGGGAGUUUUUCCCAGUAACCACGUUUCCUUCCAGUUUUUAUGUGAGUGAAGUUAUACCAUAUAAAUAAAUAAAAUCACGAGAGCUGUGGUGGAAACAGGAAGUUUUGGUACAAUUGUAUAAAUGCCGACAGAUCAUUUGAGCGUUCGACGUGGUGGGAUCUUUUUGUGUUGGUAAGAUUCAUUAUGGCGUUGCAGUGGAAACAACUUCAUGCGCAAGUAUUGAUAUAUUAUAACAAUAUCGAAGGUACGGGACCACCCAUACGUAGAAUGUAUGCACACAUGACUGUAAGUCGCUUUGGAUAAAAGCGUCUGCUAAAUGGCAUAUAUAUUAUUAUUAUAUAUAUUAACCUGGAGUCACGUGUGAUGAUAUGGUGUGUGGUCCUACUACUAAGACUCUGGAAAUCAUGCAGUUUAUUAGGAUGCAGAUGAAAUAAGUUAUGAUGAAUUUCACAAAAGUGUGCGGUGAUGAGUUUGAUGCGCCUUUCCAAUAAAUGUUGAGUGUGACAUGAUGAUUGAUGCUUGACUGCCAUUUGACAAAUAAAGAUAUUCGGUCUCUUAUCCAUA